AUGGGGCUGACAUCUGUGUAUCUCAUUUUAUUCCUUAGCUCGUUAAUAUGUAUGGAUGCAAGACUUGAGAAUGAAUGUGGAAUAGGUCAGUUUAAAAUUCCUGGCUUAGAAAAGUGUCACGACUAUCUAAAUUGUUCUGAUUUAAAUAAUAUUAAAAUAGGAAAGAGAAUUGGAAUUGGUUCCACUAAAAUAGUGCAUUUGGCCGAAUGGAAUGGUCUAGAUAUUGCACUAUCACAGCUGGUGAACAAGAAUUUCACAGCUGAUUUUGAUCAUGGUCUAGAAAUGUUGGAAAAAUUAAAUUCCAAUCGUUAUGUAGUGCAAUUAGUUGGCUUCUGUAAAAAAGCGCAUCUACUUGUAACUGAAUAUCACAGAUUAGGAAAUGCAACUUCCAUUCUAUCUGUAAUUGAUAAAAAGUAUGGGAGUAAUAAUGUUAUCAUUCGAUUAAAACUUUGUUUAAAUUAUGCUCGUAUUUUGCAACUUUUACAUGAUGGUCCUGCUGGCACAAGAGUCAUGUGCGAUUCAAAUGAUCUACUUAAGCUACUUAGUCAAAUGUUGAUAACAAAUGAUUUGGAACUAGUUCUUAAUGACUUAGACGCUUUGCCAGUUGUUGACAAAAAUUCAGGAAUCAAAGUUAUAUGUGGGAGUAAAGAGUUGUAUGGAGACUUCGUUGCUCCAGAGCAGAAAUGGCCUUUCAAUGGACCAUUCAAACUUGCAGCAAUGCCAAGUUACGAUGAAAAAACUGACAUUUGGAAAGCAGCUGAAGUCUUCAAGUACUUUAUCAGCAAUAUUGAUUCCACUUAUGAUUGGGUGCAGUACCGCUUGUUUAAUUUGUUCAAAACUUGUAAAAGUCCUGAACCUCACCUAAGACCCACUGCUAAAUAUAUAGUUUCAGUAUUGGAAAAAAUUGUAGCUGAAGUGUCUUUAAUGAAAACAGAAUUGUAA